CAAGCCACCCCUGCCUUUUGCACUACGACUCAGACCAGAACCAGCCAUGGCCCAGAGACCCCUCACCAUCUCAGCCGCUGAAAAAUUCAAUUUCGUUGCACAAGAUGAGAUCUGGAAAUGUCGCCUUAAAGCUGAAGCCGAAGCACGACAUAAUUGGGCUAAGAAGUGGGGAUUUUUAACACUCACUAUGGAGGAGUUGCUGAGGAGAGAAGGGGAAGUACCUAAGCCUCCUAAGCCCAAGAUAGAACUUCCAGGACAUUUACGCAUCCGGCCUGUGACACCAGUGGAAGAAUAUAUUAAGGUCUACCCAUCACCACCAGUUCCUCAAACUACUCAGGGUUUUAUUGGUUGGAGAUCCACAGUUCCUGGUCUAGAACUUGAGAAAAACUACAAGAUUUUAAGCUGUAAAGGCAUCUUUGCCAAACAACUUCAAUGGCCUGAGUCAGGAAUCUACUGAAGCCAAGGGAAUGAUGUAGGCUUGUGUCUCCUCAAAGGACAUGGGAAACCUGAUCAUUUUAAGACUAACAAAAACUUAAAAUAACUAUGUGAGUUGGUAAAAAAAAAAA